UCCUCUUGCUCAAUAUCUCAUCACUGCUUAAAUAAAUUGGCUGAAUCCAAUAUCAUCUUCUCUACUUCAAGCUAUAUAUAUUUAUAUAGAUUAAUCCACCUUCAAUUUUAAUGGAGAGGUAUUCUUCAGGCCAAAGAUUCAUUGUAAUUAUGUUGUUCUUGGCAGCCAUGUCUGCCACCACUUUGGUGCGAGGCCAAGGCACCCGUGUUGGAUUCUAUUCUAUCACUUGUCCUAAUGCUGAAUCUAUUAUACGCUCCACAGUUCAAACCCAUUUUAAGACUGACCCUGCAAUUGCUCCUGGUUUGCUUAGGAUGCAUUUCCAUGAUUGUUUUGUUCGAGGCUGUGAUGCUUCUAUCCUUAUCAACGGCUCCAAUACAGAGAAAACAGCCCUACCGAAUCUUGGGUUGAGAGGACAUGAAGUUAUUGACGAUGCCAAGACUCAGCUUGAAGCUGCAUGCCCUGGAACUGUUUCUUGCGCUGAUAUUCUUGCACUUGCUGCCCGUGAUUCUGUUGCUCUGACUAGUGGAGGAAGUUGGCUGGUGCCUACUGGACGUAGAGAUGGCCGAGUGUCAUUAGCAUCUGAAGCUAGUGCUUUGCCUGGCUUCACUGAAUCUAUUGAUUCACAAAAGCAAAAAUUUGCUGCAAAGGGUCUUAACACACAAGAUCUUGUUACACUUGUUGGAGGACACACCAUUGGAACUACAGCUUGCCAAUUCUUCAAUUACAGAUUAUAUAAUACAACUGGAAAUGGGUCUGAUCCUUCCAUUAGUGCUUCAUUUCUGCCUCAACUACAAGCACUAUGUCCACAAAUUGGUGACGGGAAAAAGAGGGUUGCACUAGACACAAAUAGUUCAAACAAGUUCGACACAUCUUUCUUCAUUAACUUAAAGAAUGGCAGAGGAAUACUUGAGUCCGACCAAAAACUGUGGACAGACGCUUCUACAAGACCCUUUGUACAACGUUUCUUGGGUGUUAGAGGCUUGGCUGCAUUAAACUUCAACGUCGAGUUUGGGAAGUCCAUGAUCAAGAUGAGUAAUAUAGGAGUGAAGACUGGCACUGAUGGUGAAAUUCGAAAAAUAUGUUCUGCAGUAAACUGAAUAUGUUUGCACGUUUAUUAUAGGAAACAUAAUUAGCAAACUGUAAUUGGAGUGUUUAGCGUAUGCCUUACAAACAAAAAAAGAAGAUAAUUAAGUAAUUAUUUUUCAAAUAUAUAAUUGUCGAGGUUCUGCUGCGGAAUAAAUAGUUUUUCAAAUAAUCAACUCCUUUGCCAUUCCUGUCAGACA